AAAGAACCACGGGGUGUGGGCGGGAUCGCAUAUUUGGACUUACUUCAGAUAGCUGAAUGCUUUUUCAGGUCACGGUCAAAUGAUAUUGAGGGCAGCCGUUUUGGCCUAACUUUGGAAAUAAUCAGUAGACUUAACAGGCUGAGCUAAUAGUCUUGAGGGAGGAAGGCGGAGCCACAGAAGACCGGAAAACGGCGAAGGGGCGGGGCCGACAUGACUGGUGGAUUUGGGGGCGAGGCCAGAGCAAUGACCCUCAAGGUCCCAUUUGUGCAGACCGGAGUGGCAGUGAGGGCUUUCUUGGCUUUUCCGCUUUGCUGACCUGACGGGAUGACGGAGGACGCGCUACGUAGGGCCAGCUCCGCCUUAGCCGAGAGUUGGUGUUGGCUAGGGGUUGACUUAUUGCCUCUGCCUGAGGACAGUACGACAGAUUGAAAGGGAGCCACGACGCACACUGCACCUCGAGUGCGACUGUGGAUUCAAUCGAAGAUGCUGGUGGUGGAGGUCGCAAAUGGCCGCUCGCUGGUGUGGGGAGCCGAGGCCGUGCAGGCGCUGCGGGAGCGUCUGGGAGUCGGGGGACGCACGGUGGGCGCCCUGCCCCGCGGGCCCCGCCAGAACUCGCGCCUGGGCCUUCCGCUUCUGCUGCUGCCUGAAGAAGCCCGGCUCCUGGCCGAGAUAGGCGCGGUGACCCUAGUCAGCGCCCCGCGCCCGGACCCCCGCAACCAUGGCUUGGCCCUAGCAUCGUUCAAACGCCAGCAAGAGCAGAGUUUCCAGGAUCAGAACACUUUGGCAGCCGAGGCCCGGGAGACCCGGCGUCAGGAGCUUCUAGAGAAGAUCGUAGAGGGCCAGGCUGCCAAGAAGCAGAAGCUGGAACAGGAUUCAGGGGCAGAUGAAGGAGGCCAAGAAGCCGGUGGAAGUGAGGCUACCCAAGGGAGUGAGACCAGUGAUGAUGGCCAGCCUUCUGCGGAGCAGGAGGGAGCAGCCCCAUCCCUAGAUUCUUCAUCUCCCCAACCAGGACCUUCAAAUGGGGUGACUCCCUUGCCCAGAUCAGCCCUGCUUAUCCAGCUGGCCACUGCCAGGCCUCGGCCUGUAAAAGCUAAGCCUCUGGACUGGCGUGUGCAGUCCAAAGACUGGCCCCAUGCUGGCCGUCCUGCCCACGAGCUGCGCUACAGCAUCUACCGAGACCUGUGGGAGAGAGGUUUCUUCCUCAGCGCAGCAGGGAAGUUUGGUGGUGACUUCCUGGUCUAUCCUGGGGACCUAAAACAGGACAACAAAUAUGCCAGAAUUCUCUUGAACUCAUGGAGGGUAGUCUUGUCAAACACAGGUUCUCUUCCCGGAGCCAAAAUUAGCUUGGAAUUUGCUAUACCUCACAGGGUGGUGCAUGUAGCCCUGGCUGAUCUCAACCGUGUGAGUGCUGAGGUGAUUAAAAUGCAUAAGCAUUCAUGCCCGGCACUGAUAUGUCAAUAUUUCUAAAACAGUGAUCCACUGCGUUUCCAUGCUCACUACAUUGCUCAGUGCUGGUCUGCUGAGGACCCCAUCCCACUUCAGGACCUGGUCUCUGCAGGCCGCCUGGGAACCAGUGUCAGGAAGACCCUGCUGCUCUGCUCCCCUCAGCCUGAUGGGAAGGUGGUCUACACAUCCCUGCAGUGGGCCAGCCUGCAGUGAGCUGGAGACUGUGUGUGGCAAGAACCCUCUUCAAUGGUCACCCCAGCUCAUCUCUGCACGGAGGCUUGCGCUCUCCUGCUCUGCCUGGUUUGUUCCGAUUCCAGGGUUUUGAACACUACAUCCUUUCUGUUUGUUUUUUGGUUUUGUUUUUCCUGUUUUAAGGCGAUUACUACCUGUGUUGUUCUUUAUUUUGUUUCCAAAUUGUGCUUGUUGAGCAUGGAGACUGCUUUUGUUUGGCUUUUGUGUUUCUUGCGGGGCUUAGGUUCCUGCAGUUCUAAUAAAUUUGUUGAAUAAAUGUU